AGGCAGGCUUUGCCUUUUCUGGUAGUUAAAAGCCAGUGAAAGAACAAGCAGGAAUUCCUGGUGCAGCAGAGGGGCCGAGAUAUAAACCAGACUGUAGCAGUUGAUGUAUGACGAGAGGGAGACACUGCUGUCCAUGGACUGAACUUCAGCUUCUGUUCAGUGAGAAAGCGAGGAGACUCUUUUGGGCAUCAUGGACGACGACUUCGACCGCCGCAUGGAGCUGAGGAGGCAGAGGAGAGAGCAGAUGCGCAACGAGGCGGAAACGGUGGGUUACAACAACGACGAUGAUGAGGAGGAAGCACGGGAGCGAAGGAGACGUGCGAGGGAGGAGAGGAAGAAGAUGAGGGACGACGAUGAGCCUGGUACCACGGAUGUGAUCAACACUAACAGUGUCACAGAGUCCGAGUCCGACACCACCGCCACCAGUGCUGGAGGCGCAGAUGAUGACCAGGCUUUGCUGGAGCGCCUGGCCAAGAGGGAGGAGCGCAGGCAGCAGAGGAUGAAGGAGGCCAUGGAGAGACAGAAGGAGUUAGACCCCACCAUCAGCACCUCCAACAGCACAGACAGCCCGCUGGAGGAGGAGUCCUCCGUCAGCAGCAGCGCUCAGCAGCAUACAGAGGGGGAGGAGGAGACACGUGUCCAGGAGGAGGUGGCACAGGCUGAUACAAACUCCUGGAGGAAAGAGGAAGAAGAUGACGAGCGAGAGGAGAAGGAAUCUGCUGAGGGGUCAAGACCUCCAGGCACAAGAAACGAGGAGGAGACUGAAGCCGCAGCAAUAGAAGUAGAGGUUGAUUUAGGAAAAGAGGGCGCAGAUGAGGAAACAGUUCCCGAUGUUGACAACGAGCAAGAAGAACGGAAGAGGAAAGAAGAGGAGGAAAGGCAGCAAAAAGAAAUGGAAGAGAAGCUGAGGAAAGAAGAAGAGGAGAGGCAACAAAGGGAAAUGGAGGAAAAGCUAAAGAGAGAGGAAGAAGACAGGCAACUGAAGGAGGAGGAGGAAAGGAAGAAGAGGGAAGAGGAGGAACGAGAGCAAAAACGAGUGGAAGAGAGGAUGAGAAAGGAGGAGGAGGAAAAACAGCAAAAGGAACUAGAGGAGCGACUGAAAAAAGAGGAGGGGGAAAAACUAAAACAGGAGAUGGAGGUAAAGAAGAAGGUGGAAAUGGAAGAGAAGAAGAAAAAGGAGGAGGAGGAAAAGAAGCAGAAGAAAGAGCUGGAGGAAAAGAAAAAGAAAGAGGAGGAGGAGAGACGGAAAAAGGAGAUGGGGGAAAAGAAGAAGGAGGAGGAGGAAAAGCGGAAAAGGGAGGCCGAGGAGAAAAAGAAGAAAGAGGAAGAGGAUAGACGCAAGAAGAGAGAGAUGGAGGAGAAAAAGAAGAAAGAGGAGGAGGAGAAGCCAAAAAGAUUUGGUUUGAAGGAAAAGAACGAACCAGUCAAACAGAACGGAUCCUUCAUUGAGAACAAGCUGAAGAAAACAGAGAAGACAUCCAGGGACAACGCUCCCUCCGCUAAGACAGACGACGUGGAGCGGCAGGAGGCCGAGCGGAAGCUGCAGGAGCUGAAGCGCCGGCGAAACGACGCAGAGAGCGAGGAGUUCGAGAAGAUGAAGCAGAAGCAGCAGGACGCGGAGGCCGAGCUGGAGGGGCUGAAGAGGAAGAGAGAGGAGAGGAAGAAGAUCCUGGAGGAGGAGGACAGGCAGAGGAAACAGGGGCUGGAGGACAAGAGAGUCAAAGAACAGGAGGAGAGGAAGAGGAUGAAGGAGGAGAUAGAGAAGAGGAGGGCGGAGGCUGCGGAGAAGAAGAAACAGAAAGAGGACGACACCAGGAAACCCGCCUUCACUAUCAGUCCCAAAGGUUCCUCCAAGAUCGGCGAGAAGGCCGAAUUUUUGAGCAAAUCAGUCCAGAAAAACACCGCAGCCAGAGUGUCACACACUCCAAUCGUCUCCAAGAUAGGCAACAGACUGGAACAGUACACUUCCGCCAUCCAGGGAAACAAAGACGCCAAAUCCCCCAAGUCUCCAAUGGCAGAUAUCCCUGCAGGAGGCGCGCGCAGCAUCAAGAGCAUGUGGGAGAAGGGCAACGUCGGUAGCUCCUCCGACAGUCCCGCCCCUGCCAACAAGGAUGUGGCUGGUAUCAAAGGAGGCGUGGCCGGACGUGUCAACAGUUGGAUGGCAAAGCCUGCAGAGCCAGAGAAGACAACACCUGCACCUGCACCUGCAGCCGCAGCAGCAGCAGCAGCAGCAUCACCCGCAGCAGCAAAGCCGGCAGAUGUGAAACCAGGCGACGUUGGUAACAAGCGUGGCAUGUGGGAAACCAAGAAGGCCUCUGCACCUGCCAAGGUGGCAGUUGGAGUAAAGAGCAAAUUCGUCACAAAUGCAGGUGUGAGACCCUAACCAUUGACGCCCUCAUUUAAAUCAAACCUUACCUGACCAAACACAUGGCUACUCUGCUUCUGUAUGCGAAUCCAUUUCCCCUCAACUCACCGGUAUUUUGAGCGAAGUUCAGAACGGAAUGAGGAAAAGACGAUGGACGGGGACGAGGGACGUUGAAGGAUUCCAGCGUGGAGGUUUUCCGGCUUUAUUUUCCCGAGGACAGUUUGCACUGUCUGCAUAUAUAAAAGUGAAAGAAAAAAACAUUCUAGUUCAUCCAUUGAAUUUGAUAUGAUCUUUUUUUUUUAAACGAAUGAAUUCAAAGACGUCAUACCUGAGAAAGAAUGUUAAACCGCAAGUCGAAUGAUUAAUAGUUGGUGGGGUUGAUUGUGUUGCGUCCAUCUGGUUGGUCCUCCAUUCUUUUCUUUUUUUUCCGUUUAAAAAGUUAACGAGACGUCUUUAGCAGACUUCAGGAUGCUUAAAUGUUAGUUUGCUUUCAAGCCACACCGACCUGCCCAAUGAUAAGCAUUUGUGUUUUACUGUCACUCACACACACACACUCACUGCUUCCUGGGAUGAUAGUCACAGUUUUGACUCCAUAGAAAGCCUGUACAUAUUAGUUGGUACCACUUUCUGAUGAGGAACUCUUUAAAAAAGGUUUAUAAAUAGUAACUAUUGCCUUUUGUAGUGGCUGAAAUAUAAUAUACCCUUGCUUUAUAGGUCUGUUAUAAGUCAUUAAUUAAAAGAACUAUGCUGUUGCAGACUCGAGAAGCGUCUGCCUAUGGUUUUGGUGCCACUUUCUAAUCAGGCAUCACUUAUGAAGGAUUCAGUUAAGAGGUUAAUCAUUUUGCUUACUAAUGCAUUAUAGAUCAGUUAUAAGGCAGUCGGGUGGCUGAGAAAAUCCCAUCACCUACUGUAAGUUUUCUUUUUACACACAUUCAUAGUCAGCCUGCUGACCGUGGUCAUCUUCAGAGCGCCACCGUUUGAAUGGAUAUUUGUUGUGAAACAUAUUGACAGUCAUUGGAUGGAUUUUUAUAUUGUGCCAUUAUCAGGUCCAAAUGUUUCAUUUGUUCAACAUCUCGGUUUAUGAGCAAAUAACUGCAAAAACUAAUCACAUUCCCAUCGUCCUCGCCUGCACCCUGUGUUUAUAUACUAAAAGCAAAUAUCAGCAUGAUGAAAAGCUGAAAUGAUACGAUGAGUGGAUGGAUUAUUGUAGAUCCCUCUACGAAUGACUCUACAGUCUAGAGGGCUUAUAAUAAAGUGAUUUAUUAAUGGACAACAACAUUUAUUGCUGCUUUGCUGUCAAAUAGAAAUAAUGAUUUUUUAAAACCUUGAAACCUAACACAUGUUAUUUUGAAUGACCUACAACUGGUACAUAAAGCAUUAGUACAUGACUUGUAGACUAUCAAUAAAGCUAUUACACACGAUGCUGAGGCCAGAGGACAGCAAUGCAGCCAGAGUAACACAGUGAACACAGUGAUCACAGUGAACCAAUUCAACAUUUCUGUCAACAACACAUGUGGGAGUUUGAAAAUUACAUUAUAACAUAAUAUAGGCACAAGAGGAAGUAAAGUAAGUUAUAUGCAAUCAACCAUAAUCAGCCAAUCAGUGUCCAAACACAGUUCUACUGACCAGGUGACAGUAUAAGACUUCAUACUUAUCUGUCAUCGGUAAAGGCUUGCAAGACAUUUGCAAUAUGCUCUGAUGUUUUAAUACUUACCAAAAUUAACUCUAAAUCGCAGCCUGCCGUUUCUUAUCAGUCGGCGGUGCACAUGGGUUGAAUCCUGCCAAAAUGUAUUGGGAGUCUUUCAUUAUUGUUGUGGUACAUUGCUCGGUUGGAAUGUUUGAAGUUAUUGUUUGUGCUCGCUUCAGCAAUACAAUAAAAAUAAAAAGGAGGAAAAGGGUU